AUGAAAUUUAUAACAAUCUUGCUUACCAUAUGCAUGGAUACAAAGUUAGCUUUUUCUGCUAACCAGUCAAACGUAAGUAUUUUGCGCUACAUUUUUACGACUUCCCUUUAGAUUUAUGAGCAAUUUUCUUCGAUUCUUAUCAAGCGAGGUGUUUUCCCAAUCACACUAACAAGUAUACGACUAAUUAUGAUACAUUUUUGUCGAUGAAACUUCGUGACACUGUCUCGGUCUAGUGCAAGGAAUUUUCUUCUUUAGCGCCUCCUUGGCUGCAAAACAUCCGAAGACAAUAAACUAACCCGACUUGCCUUCUUUCGAAACUGCAUGAGGAUUUUCUCUAAGGAUUUAAUAAAGAAAGAGACGAAAAAAAAGGGAAACAGUCUUAUGACAGAUUAACGAUUAUUAUCAAUUUUCAAUCUAGAAGUCACUUAGGCCCCUUAAAGUAUUACAACACCUAAAAGCAAAAUUGAGAAAAAAACUUUUUGUAUUAUUAUUAGGUAAAGCCUCAAUGUCCAACUGUCAUGAUCAACACUUCAAACAAUGGCGUGCCAGGGGUCCCCGGGGUCCCGGGACUCAAUGGACGAGAUGGAGCCAAGGGAGAUCAAGGACCUGUAGGGCCACAGGGGGGCAAGGGCCUUAGAGGAAAAGCAGGAGCACCUGGAAAAAUGGGACCUAAAGGGGCUAAAGGUGAACAGGGCAACCAAGGCCUGCAGAGAAACUGGAAACAGUGUGCUUGGAAGAACAUCAAUGACGGCAAAGACAGUGGAUUGAUAAAGGUAAAAGGCAGCUGAAAAGGGCUGAGAACAAUACUAAGCAGGAAAAAAAUGUCGUUUAUUGAAAUUUCUGUAAAAGCGUCCAGAGAGGGACUGAAAGAUUUUAAAUUUUCUGAAUUACUCUUUGACUCUUAUCGAUAGACGUUUUCUUUCUUUCUGAUUUUGAUGAAUUUCAACGUCUUUAUUUCUUUUUUUUAGGACUGCGUUUUUAAUAAAGACGCCGACAGCACCGUCUUAAAAGUGGAGUACAACGGCGACAUCAGAAUUGCUGGCUGUCUCGACUGCUGUUCGCGAUGGUUUUUCACCUUCAAUGGUGUGGAAUGUCGCAAACCUCUCGCUAUCGAUGGCCUGAUGCAUAUCGCCCAAAAUCACGGAAGAACAGACACUAACAUUCACAGAGUUGGUCAGAUUGGAGGAUACUGCGAAGGAAUCCCUAAGGGAACUGUUCGAGUGGGAAUCAAUGUCGGUAGCUGCGUGGGAAAGAAAGCUGCAGAAGCUUAUACUGGAUGGAACUCCGUGGCCCGAAUCAUGAUCGAGGAAGUUCCUCCAUCUCAGUAA